AUGGAGUCCAUCAAGCAAAGCACAGAAUUGGUUGAAGAUGCGAAGCCCACACGACUUACGGGAGAAAAUGCUGGCGACAUGGCCCAGAAGAGGUUGAUCCGGAGUAUUCUUUUCAAAUUGGAUACAAGGAUUCUCCCAAUCUUAGCCCUGCUUUUCCUAUGUUCUUUCUUGGAUCGUACAAAUGUCGGCAAUGCGAAGAUCCUCGGCCUCGAGAGCGACCUCAAUAUCACUGGUCAUCAAUAUGAUAUAGGCUUGGCAGUUUUCUAUCUGACCUACAUAUGCAGGUAUGUGAAGAGCCAACAUCAUCGCAUGUAUAUCUAUGCGCCACAAUUUGUUUGGGCUAACCGGAGCACUGCUGACGCCAGCGAACUCCCGAGUAACCUCAUCCUGAAGAAGGCGUCACCGAAAAUUUGGCUACCGUUUCUCACUAUGGUUUGGGGUAUCAUCACUAUGUGCCUCGGCUUUGUUCGCAAUUUUGCGGGGUUUGUGGCUGUCCGUGCUAUUCUGGGCAUUGCGGAGGGAGGAUUACUCCCUGGGAUGGUACUGUAUCUAUCAUUCUUCUACAGACGAGGGGACCUAGCCUUGCGCAUUGGAUUGUUUUACACCGCUGCGUCGUUAUCUGGUGCUUUUGGAGGGCUUUUAGCUCGUGGAUUGGCUGAAAUUGGCCCUCGGGGCGGACUGGAAGGCUGGCGUUGGAUUCUGAUUAUUGAGGGGCUACUGACAUUCUUAUGCGGCUGCCUCAGUUAUGCUGGCCUUCCAAAUAGCUUAGAAACAGCGACGUUUCUGACCCCCGAAGAACGAUCCUUUGCACAGGAAAGGAUUAUGCUUGAUAAUCCAUCCGCACCUCAGACAAGCUCCUCUGGAGAUGAAUUGGAGACCCUGAGAUGGUCUGAAGUGCGAAGGGGACUGCUAGAACCCCAGAUGUGGUUUUCUGCAGCGGCGUAUUUUGCCAUAUUGUCCGGAUUAUACUCGUUCGGGCUGUUUCUACCUACUAUUAUUGACGAAAGCGGCUUUACAACUGACCCAAAUGCCGUGCAGUUGUGGACGGUGAUUCCAUAUGCUGUCGCAGCUGUCUUAACAGUAUUUGUGGCUCUUAUCUCGGAUCGCUUGAAGCUGCGAGGUCUUAUUAUGCUUUUCACUCUGCCUAUUGCCAUUGCUGGGUACGCAGCUAUUGCCAAUAUCCAGUCUGCCAAAGUCAAGUAUGGAAUGACCUUCCUUAUGGCCACUGGCAUGUAUAGUAGCGUCCCAUGUAUUCUGGUGUGGAAUACAAAUAACUCAGCUGGACACUACAAGCGUGCGACAACGUCAGCGAUGCAGCUGACGAUCGCCAACUGCGGUGGCUUUGUUGCUACGUUCAACUAUCCUGACAAGGACAAACCCCAGUAUCACCGUGGUCACACUAUCAUUCUAGGCCUCCUUGUUUUUGCAUGGUUCAUGGUACUUCUCAACAUUUUCUAUUGUGCCAAGGUCAACAGGGACAAGAAGAAGGGUAAAUACGCACAGUACAUGGGUUAUAAUGAUGACAGAAACCCUGCGUUUAAGUUGAUGUUGUGA